AUCAUCAUUGUCGUCGUCGUCAUCAUCGCCAUCGUAAUGCUGACGUCGGUUCCUGUGUCUGGUUGGGCGCCGAGGAAUACUCGAACAUCCGACAACAAUGAAGCAAGCGAAGUCCCUUGUUAUCAGGAUACUCAAGCGACGCUUCGUGAGCUGGCCGACCUGGCUGUUCUUGGUGCUGCUGUCGGUGGGCUGCCUGCGUAUACGGGCUCGCGAUUGGUCAGGACGUUCGCCCGUGACGCAACGCCUUCCGCAGCCGCGCAUCGCCCCUGGUCCCUCGCUCGUGGCCUGCGUCAACUGCACGGGCAGGCAGCUGCGGCGCGCCACGAGGACAGUGUUUCGAGAUGUUCGGAGAGGCGCGCAGGAGCUCUCUGGGGGCGCCGAUCUGUGGAGCUACCCGUACCUGCACAAGUAUGCGUAUCAAAGCAGAGGAGGCCUCCAGAUAGCCAUUCUCGUGAUGACGUCAGCCAACGGGCUAGAACAGCGGAGAGCCAUCCGCGAGACCUGGGGAAGAGAGUCGGAUUACCCGAACCGCACAGUCCGCGUCGUCUUCUUCAUGAACAUGGUGGCCGACGAAAGAGCCUUGAAACAAGUCGAGGUGCACGUUCCUUCUUUCAGCAUAUGGCCGGCGUUUAUUCUUUUUUUUUUUUACAAGGUCCAAAAUUUUUAAAGGUUGCCUGUGGCAGAUAGCCCAAUUCUAUCCCUUAAUCUACAAUUACUCGGUGAGGUGGCCAUUACUUCUACGAGAAUUCAAGAUACCCAAUUAAAUGAUUAACAUAAUUACACUAACUUUUCUGUGUUUUAAAGCACAUAUUUAAACCUACGAAACGUAGCCGGUGAGUUCGCGAAGCCUAUCCACUGGAACGAAUUCUCUGGACUGCACCAGUUUCAAGAUAUUAAUUUUCAACGUGUCCGACGAAAUGGAUUCGUGUUACGUUACUUUUGUGCAUCAAUGCAUAAAACCACGCUUUCUUAAAAGUGUAACUUUUGUGCUUCAAUGCAUAAAACAGCGUUUUCUUAGAAGUAUCUGGAACGCCAAUGUAU